GCUUUAAAUCCCGUGAGGAGCCCUGUGGCUAGCGGGCUUGAGCUGGCUGUCGGGGUGGCAGCGCUGCUGCAGAGAUCCAGGGACCCAGGUUAGGUGGAGAGUGGACGGCAAACCAUCCCACCACCUAGCUGUGAGGUGGGGACAACCCCUGAUGAGGGCUUGAGGGGCCAAACCCCAGCAGUAAAUCCUUUGCAAACCAAGCGGGGAGAAAGAGGGGUUUGCGUUGCAAGCCCAGGAGGCGAGAGCCCAGGCGGAGCUGCAGACAUGGGGAACCGAGGGAUGGAAGACCUCAUCCCCCUGGUCAACAAGCUCCAGGACGCCUUCGCUUCCAUCGGUCAGAACGCCGACUUGGACCUGCCCCAGAUCGCUGUGGUGGGGGGACAGAGCGCCGGCAAGAGCUCAGUGCUGGAAAAUUUUGUGGGAAGGGACUUCCUGCCCCGUGGAUCAGGCAUUGUUACCAGACGCCCACUGGUCCUGCAGCUGGUAAACUCUACAACAGAAUUUGGAGAGUUUCUACACUGCAAAGGGAAGAAGUUCACCGACUUCGAAGAAAUACGUCUGGAGAUCGAGGCUGAGACAGACAGGGUUACUGGCUCCAACAAGGGAAUUUCCCCUGUCCCCAUCAACCUCCGGGUCUACUCUCCCCAUGUCCUGAGUCUGACACUUGUGGACCUACCAGGGAUGACAAAAGUCCCAGUGGGGGACCAGCCACUUGACAUUGAGUUCCAGAUCCGGGAAAUGCUCAUGCAAUUCGUCACCAAAGAGAACUGCCUCAUCCUGGCUGUAUCCCCAGCCAACUCUGAUCUCGCCAACUCUGAUGCCCUCAAGAUUGCAAAGGAGGUUGACCCCCAAGGCCAGCGCACCAUUGGAGUCAUCACUAAACUGGACCUCAUGGAUGAAGGAACCGAUGCACGAGAUGUGCUAGAAAACAAGUUACUUCCCCUUCGAAGAGGUUACAUCGGUGUGGUCAACAGAAGUCAGAAGGACAUUGAUGGCAAGAAGGACAUUCAGGCUGCACUGGCUGCAGAGAGGAAGUUCUUUCUCUCCCAUCCAUCCUACAGACAUAUGGCUGAACGCAUGGGUACCCCCUACCUGCAGAAAGUGUUGAACCAGCAACUGACAAAUCACAUCCGAGACACCCUGCCAGGCCUGCGAAACAAACUCCAGAGCCAGCUUCUCUCCAUUGAGAAAGAGGUGGAUGAGUACAAGAACUUCCGUCCUGAUGAUCCUGCCCGGAAGACCAAAGCUCUGCUGCAGAUGGUCCAGCAGUUUGCUGUGGACUUUGAGAAACGUAUUGAAGGCUCCGGUGACCAGAUUGAUACCUACGAGCUGUCUGGAGGAGCUAGGAUCAACCGCAUCUUCCAUGAGCGGUUCCCCUUUGAACUGGUGAAGAUGGAGUUUGACGAGAAGGAACUCCGUCGAGAGAUCAGCUACGCCAUCAAGAACAUCCAUGGUAUCAGAACGGGUCUCUUCACGCCUGACCUCGCUUUUGAAGCCAUAGUGAAAAAGCAGGUGCAGAAGUUGAAGGAGCCGAGUCUGAAGUGUGUGGAUAUGGUAGUGAGUGAGCUCACAUCCACCAUCAGAAAGUGUAGCGAAAAGCUCAGCCAGUACCCUCACCUGCGGGAGGAGAUGGAGCGGAUUGUUACUACGCACAUUCGUGAGCGAGAGGGCAGGACCAAGGAUCAGGUCAUGCUCCUGAUAGACAUCGAACUGGCAUACAUGAACACAAACCACGAGGAUUUCAUUGGCUUCGCCAACGCUCAACAAAGGAGCAGCCAGAUGAGCAAGAAGAAGGCAGCUGGCAACCAGGAUGAGAUCCUGGUGAUCCGAAAAGGCUGGCUCACCAUCAAUAACAUUGGGAUCAUGAAGGGCGGCGCCAAGGAAUACUGGUUUGUCCUGACAGCUGAGAACCUCUCGUGGUAUAAGGAUGAUGAGGAGAAGGAGAAGAAGUACAUGCUGCCAGUGGAUAACCUGAAGCUGCGGGAUGUUGAGAAGGGCUUCAUGUCCAGCAAGCAUAUCUUUGCUCUCUUCAACACUGAACAGAGGAACGUUUACAAAGACUAUCGGCAGCUGGAGCUGGCCUGUGAGACCCAGGAGGAGGUGGACAGCUGGAAGGCUUCCUUCCUGCGUGCAGGAGUGUACCCAGAGCGUGUUGGGGACAAGGACAAAGCAAAUGAUACAGAGGAAAAUGGAUCUGACAGUUUCAUGCACUCCAUGGACCCCCAACUGGAGAGACAAGUGGAAACAAUCAGGAACCUGGUGGACUCCUACAUGGGAAUUGUCAACAAAACCAUCCGAGACCUCAUGCCUAAGACCAUCAUGCAUCUCAUGAUAAACAAUACAAAGGAUUUUAUCCACUCGGAAUUGCUGGCAAACCUGUACUCCUGUGGAGACCAAAACACCCUCAUGGAAGAGUCAGCAGAGCAGGCCCAGCGGCGUGAUGAGAUGCUGCGCAUGUACCAUGCCCUGAAAGAGGCACUCAACAUCAUCGGGGAUAUUAAUACCACCACCAUCAGCACCCCUAUGCCCCCACCGGUGGACGACUCCUGGCUGCAGGUGCAGAACAUACCAUCUGGACGCAGGUCUCCCACGUCCAGCCCUACACCACAGAGGAGAGCUCCCGCUGUUCCACCAGCCAGGCCUGGAUCUCGAGGUCCAGCUCCUGGACCUCCUCCUGCUGGUGGACCCACCCUGGGUGGUGCUCCUCCUGUGCCCUCCAGGCCAGGUGCCUCCCCUGAUCCUUUUGGGCCCCCACCUCAAGUUCCGUCUCGGCCAAACCGUGCUCCUCCUGGUGUCCCCAGAAUCACUAUCAGUGACCCCUGAGGACUGGCAGCCACGCAGGAAGGGCCCUGCCUCACCUACUCGACCCACCAUAAUUCGACCAGCUGAACCGUCCCUCUUAGAUUUAUAACCCAAGGCCUGUAGACAGCUGGCGACGAGUGCCGUAUCCGCGGCUUCCCCGCCCCACACCACCUUCCACAGGCACAUUCACUCCUCUCAUCCAUCCCACCCCUUCACCUUCCACUGCCCUCUCCUGGUGUGUUGUAAAACGCAAGCUAGUGAUUGAGCUCUUCUUCGUCUUCUCUUGUGCGUCCUGUAUUGCUUUGUGAGCGUAGAGUAGUCCUCAUUCAGUGACAUGGGACCUGGAAGGACACAGGCUCCUUGCAGUGAUCAGUUGCGGGGGCAUCUGUAAGCCCAAAUGGCAGCUGCCCAGCCAAGUGCUCCACCUGGUUGGUCUAGCCUGAACAAUGUGUCCUGCCUGCAUCGGCUAGCUGUAGUGUCUCAGCACUUCGAACUAAUCUGUAGCUCUGUAGCUAUUUUCUUAUGUUGUAUUUAAGAAGACAAAGUGCAACUCAGAAUAAUAAUAAGUGAUGCUGUACAAUGUGUGACAUUAUUGGUAACAAAGGUGAAAUGUCCAGUCUAUGGGUUUGAAUUAAGGUGCAAAAAUUCAUAUAUUGUUGGGAACAGUGCAAUCAACCUCACUUCAAAGCGAGGCAGGGAGAUCAAGACGGGGAGGAACUUUAUUAAAAGGUGUAAUUCUUCUAGAACGAAGUCUGAGAUAGCACAUACACACACCUCAGAGUGCACGGAGCAGAUGGAUCUACCUGCCCUCAGCUCUCCAUAGUAGCUGAGGAAAUACUGCUGAUGGAGAGCCGCUGGCCUUUGCUAGCAGCUGUGUCACAUCACUGCCUGCAAUUGACUUCCCCGAAACUGAGGGGAAUAGAUACGAUACUCCUUCCUUUGCAAACGGACAAGCAAAAGUUUUCAGGGAGUUCACUAAGUAAUGUUUUAUUGCAAAUAUCUCUGCUUCAAAUAAGCACAUUUCUUGUUCAGUGUUGUUUUGGAUAGCAUGGUGAUUAUGGUAACCUUUUCUUCUUGCAUGCGGAUGGUACGUGUUUGAGGAAACUUGUAACCACUGCAGACCACGACUCAUCUUCUUAACAAUUUGGGUCUUUUUGUUUUAAUGUUGUAUGUGUAAAAAAGAAAGAAAGAAAAGUGUUAAAAAGUGUAUUUAUCUUGUGCAUCUCAGAUGAUGUGGCUCUGCUGAAGCCAAAAGGAGCAUUCACCCUGCAGGCUUUGACCCAGCCCUGAUUCAGAUUUAAGUUCUCUUAUUCCAGUAUUGUUGGUUUUGAUUUCUGUUGUGGAUCCACUUUGCCUGAGGUUCUGAUGCCAGUUCCUUUCUGUGUUUUAAUUAUUGUUUUAAUGCUUUUUUCCCCCUCCCCCUUUCUCUUCCUUUUUCUUCUUUUUCUUUUGUGUCUUUCUUUAAAUUCCAGCAGGCCAGGCAAGGCCAGUCCCUCCCGCCCAGAGAGUCCAAAACCACCAUUUGAAAUGUAGCCUUGCUCCCUCUGAGAAUCUUUGCCUGCCUCUUAGCUGUUCUGUCCUGGAAUGGUCUGACUCUCAUCUCACACAUGGCUUAUUCUGUUGUAAUUUGUGACAUACACAUAUCAGAUGUGACUCUAGUGAAACUGUUUUUUUCCUCCCAGUUACUUAAAGGAAUUAAAACAAGUAUAUUGUAGUAAUGAGAAACAUAUCCUAUUAUAUAAAUAUCUAUAAAUAUAUAUAUAUAUAUAAGAUCAAAAUAUAUAUAUGUCAGGUGUUUUAAGCCAUUUGUGCUUCUAUGUGGAUUUUAGCAAUUACUUACGUAGGAAUAUAUAUAUUCCACACCCACAAACCCAACAAAUUAACUGAAUCCUGACAUUUUGAGCUGAUUGUUAAAUUCUCUGCUGUGUACAGUUGCGCUAUUGUAUUGGCCCAGACUUGUGGGUGAACCAUCUCAGUGCUGGUAGUAGCUGUGAUGCAGUUUGUGAUCUACCUGUCACUCUUGUUUAUUGGUUGAAAUAAACUAUCAUUUCUGUAUAAUGAAGGACUCCACAAGUAGAAUAAAACUCUCUCUCUUUCUC